AAUAGGAAUUUUUCGUUACAUUUUUACACAAUUCACGUUCGGUCAAAGAAGCCAAUGUUUAGUUAAAUGUGCCACAUAUCACAAAUACACACACAUUUUGCAGUCACAAACACAUAAAUACCAUGAUAAAUAAUGAGACUAGCUCCCCGCUGCCGGCCACUUGCUGCUCAGAUAUUCACGCCCUGGCCAAACAGGGCUACACACUUGGCAGCAAGAUCGGCGAGGGCUCGCAUGCGAUGGUUGUCCAUGCGAAUUUCGAUGACAGAAUUGGCCGCAAUCUUAAAUUAGCCUGUAAGGUGGUCGACAUGGCAAAGGCGCCCAAUGAUUUUGUGAUGAAGUUCUUGCCACGCGAGCUGGAUGUGUUGACAAAACUUGAUCAUCGAUAUAUCAUACAGAUUCACAGCAUUCUGCAGCGCGGUCCGAAGAACUUUAUAUUUAUGCGCUACGCCGAGAGAGGAGAUCUUUUGGAGCAUAUUAAGGAAGUCGGUUUUGUUGAGGAGAAGCAGGCCAAGAUUUGGUUCUAUCAGAUGGCGACAGCCUUGAGGUAUUUGCACAGUUUUCAAAUUGCCCAUCGAGAUCUCAAAUGCGAGAAUAUUUUGUUGUCCGCACAUUUCAAUGUGAAGCUGGCUGAUUUUGGUUUUGCCUGCUCCUGCGUCAACGACAACGGAAACCAGUAUAUAUCGAAUACCUACUGCGGCUCCGCCGCCUAUGCAUCGCCCGAAAUUGUUCGCGGAGUACCCUACGAUCCGAAGGCAGCGGAUGUCUGGUCGCUGGGUGUCAUAUUGUUUAUAAUGCUGAAUGGCAAGAUGCCGUUCGAUGAUAACAAUCUGAACAAGUUGUUGGAUGAUCAACAGACAAGAAAGUACGCAUUCCGCCGUAAACUAUGUGAUGUGAUCUCGCCACAUGCCAAGGCCACAGUUUCUUUCCUGCUCGAUCCGAAGGCAGCGACCAGAUGGACUCUAUGCCAGAUACUUCAGUGUUCUUGGUUGUGCUUCGGGAAGCAACAGGAGCAACAGGAACAACAGCAGCAACAUCAACAAAAGCAAUAAUGUUUUACACUUGCUUCAGUUUCGAGUAAUAUUUUAUUUAACUAAUUUGUAGUGUACGGUUAAAAAGCUCAGUUUUAACCUUAAGUUAAUUCAAAUAUAAAAAAAAUAAUUGUCUUGUCUUCA